AUCAGUUAUUAGACGAGCAGCAAUUCAAACUGUAUGAAUUCUAGGGGCUGGUGAUCUAACACCUUGUGUCUCACUACCGGAACCGUGGGUGACUGACAAUCUGUCACAAUUUAUGUUUCUGAUUUCACUCUGAGAGCUGUUGAUCUGUGCUUAGAGCUUUCCAAAAAGCACGAUGACAGAACGCUUUGACUGCCACUACUGCAAGGAGUCCCUCUUUGGGAAGAAAUACAUCCUUAGAGAAGAGAAUCCUUAUUGUGUGAGGUGCUACGAAAGCCUUUAUUCUAAUACCUGUGAGGAAUGCAAGAAACCAAUUGCAUGUGACAAUAAGGACUUGUCCUAUAAGGAUCGCCACUGGCAUGAAGCCUGCUUUCAUUGCUUUCAGUGCAAACGGUCACUGGCGGAUAAGCCUUUCGCUGCCAAGGAUGACCAAUUGCUCUGUACUGACUGUUAUUCAAACGAGUAUUCCUCCAAGUGUCAGAGUUGCAAGAAGACAAUAAUUCCAGGCACUCGCAAGAUGGAGUACAUGGGUAACAGCUGGCAUGAGACUUGUUUCAUCUGUCAUCGUUGCCAACAACCAAUAGGCACAAAAAGUUUCAUCCCAAAAGACAAUGAGAACUACUGUGUGCCUUGUUAUGAAAAGCAGUUUGCCAUGCAUUGUGUGCAGUGCAAGAAGGCCAUUACUAUUGGAGGUGUCACUUACCAUGAUCAACCCUGGCACAAAGAAUGUUUUGUCUGCACAGGGUGCAAAAUGCCACUGGCUGGUCAACGUUUCACCUCACGGGAUGAAUUUGCCUACUGCCUAGAUUGCUUCAGUAAUCUUUAUGCCAAGAAGUGUGCUGCUUGUGCCAAUCCAAUAACUGGUCUUGGAGGAACCAAGUACAUCUCAUUUGAGGAGCGCCAAUGGCAUAAUGAUUGCUUCAACUGCAAAAAAUGCUCCAUCUCACUUGUGGGGCGUGGCUUCCUCACAGAACGAGAUGACAUCCUUUGCCCUGAGUGCGGCAAGAAUCUGUGAGAGCAAAUCAAUCAACAGAAGAUUUUGUAAUAACGUUGACUGCAAAUGCAUUAAAGCAACCCACCUGGCUAUCACCCACUGUUGUAUGAAUUAUCCACGAUUGUAUGUCCAGUUACUUUGCUUGACAAUUUCAUAAAAAAAGUUUACAAAAUGCUAAUUAAUUUCAAGAUAGUUUUUGUGAAUGUGCUAGGAUAUCUUCAAAUUAAAAUUUAGUGUUUUAAUCUAGUAUAUGUGUACCACAAAUGAACAACUAAACAUAUAUAUUCCUGUAAUAUGAUAAUAGUAGCUGUCCAAAUAAAGUGUUUACAUCAGUAAAGAAUUAUCUGUUGAUGGAAAACUUUUGAGUUUUUGUAUAACUAUAGAAGUAAUGCAGUACAAAUUUAAAAGUGACUGUCAGUUGAGUUGCCUGCAUUGCAUCUGAGUUAGAAGUAACAAAGAUCCACGUGCAGGCUUUAUUAUUAGGCUAACUUUAGACUGUUUUAUGUACUCACAUCUAGGAAAAGCAGUUUUCCAAAUAACAUUUUGUUAUACUGCAUGAAUAAAUACACGAAGUGAAUAUUGUUUGAAGGUAUCACCAUGCAUCUCAAUUUUUCUCAACUGUUAAGUAUUUCAAAACAAUGUGUGUAAAGAAGAAAUAUACUUUGUAGUUCUCUACUAAUUACCCACUGAAUUUUUGAAGAGAGUAUUAAUGACUACAGCAUCUGAACUCAGAUUGUUGGCUGGAGGGUCUCCUUGCCAUCUGAUCUGAUUGCACAAAAUUUUAAAAUGUAUGCGACACUUAUGCUACGGCAAAGGAAUAGUUGCCACAGGCCUACCCUCUCAUUGGAGAGAGUUGAUUGGUGGUGAUUUAACCUAGGGAUCACCAUGACUCAGGCAAGGAGAGAGGUUCAGAGAAGAAUUCUUCAUGGAAACCUCAGCCAGCGCAAGAAUUGAACCCACACUGUUGGUAUUACUCUAUGUCCCAAACUAGCAGUCCAGCCAACUGCAUACAAACUACCAGACACUGUAGUAUAUACUGGUUGGAGUAUGACACUUUUGUAAAAGGUUAUUGAUGACUUUCCCUUUAUUAUUAAAUGCCCCAAAUUUGUUUUGACAUAGCUUUAAAAUAAAGAAUCUUUUAUGCAA